AACAAUGUCUAAAUGUUAUGACUUAUUCAGUGGUGGGUGAAAAUUGUACAAAAUUAUUACGACAGUUAUCAACGUCGUGCACAACAAUGCUAUCGAAUUCUAAUUGUUGUGAUUCACCAGUAAUUACAAAACGCGCACGACUAAACUUAGAAUCAAAUGAAGAUAUCUAUGAAUGUGGAGCCGAUGGUGAAACUGAAGAUCGUCCUUUAGGACGGCAUUUAUCAAAAUCAGCAUCAGAGUUAAGUUCACCACGUGAACUGCAUGAACCCCGACCAUAUUCAGCUGCGCCCGCGAGCCAACAUCAUAUACACAAUACUGUGGUACAAAAAACGCACAAUUUUUUUUCAACGUUAAAGAGUAGAUGGUCACGUUCAAAAAGUCGUUCGGAUUCACGAAGUGGUGGUCGCAGAAAAUCUCCAAUUCAUCAUCAUGACAGCACCGAUUACGCAGCGGAUCUUAGUAGUGAUCAUAGCAGUCCUAGUACACAAAGUCCACGACAUAAACAGCAUUUAAUUUCAGAUUCGCCGUUAAGUCGUGGUGGUCGAACUGAAUCACAAGUAGUGCUGAAUACAAUAUCAACAACACCAGACAAUUCCCCACGUCGACCGCGGGGUUCACUAUUCAAUAUUACAUCAUCAGGUAGUCAUCAUUCGCAAGCGGUUCCGUCCACGUCACUCAAUGAACCGGUUAGCCUUGGCUUUGAAUUACAAGUUGCUGCGGAUGAAGCAACACGUAAACGCGAAGCGGCUUUACGACAACAUUCAUUCUUUCAAUUACGGGUACACUUACGUCGUGGCAAUAACUUAGCAGCAAUGGAUAAAAAUGGUACUUCUGAUCCAUAUGUUAAAUUUAAAUUAGGUGGACGUUUAGUUUAUAAAUCAAGGACUGUGUAUAGGGAAUUGAAUCCAUUAUGGGAUGAAAGUUUUACAAUACCAAUUGAGGAUCCAUUUAUACCGUUACAGAUUAAAGUAUUCGAUUAUGAUUGGGGAUUACAGGAUGAUUUUAUGGGUGCAACAUUAUUGGAUCUAACAACAUUAGACCUCGGCAGAUUAAGUGAAUUGGUUUUAGAUUUACAUGAUCCAUCCAAACCGAAUGCAAAUUUAGGUGAACUGCACUUAUCUGUAACGUUAUGGCCACGUACACAAGAGGAUAAAGAUCAGUAUUUUCAAAAAAAUGCAAAAACUUCGGAUGUAAAUCGUCGAUUAAAAUCACAAAUAUGGAGUUCAGUUGUAACGUUAGUAUUAGUCGAAGGUAAAAAUUUGCCAACUGUUGAUCCAGAAACUGGAUCAUGUGAUUCAUAUGUUAAAUUUAGGCUAGGUAAUGAGAAAUAUAAAAGUCGUGUAUUCUGGCGUUCAACAACACCCAGAUGGCUGGAACAGUUUGAUUUACAUUUGUACGAUGAUGGUGAUCAACAGCUGGAAGUCACGGUUUGGGAUAAAGAACGUUCAAGAGAUGAUUAUAUUGGAAGGUGUGUCAUAGAUCUAACAUCCAUGGAACGAGAGGUGACGCAUGGUUUUUGGCAAGAUUUAGAAGAAGGUGAAGGUUCAUUAUAUUUUCUUUUAACAAUAAGUGGAACAACAGCCUCUGAGACGAUAUCCGAUUUAAGUACUUACGAAGAUAAUCCUACUGAUAAAGAAGGAAUUGAACACAGAUAUGUAUGGCGUCAAUCUUUUAAUAAUAUCAAAGAUGUGGGCCAUUUAACUGUAAAAGUAUUUCGUGCAACGGGAUUAGCUGCUGCCGAUUUAGGUGGUAAAAGUGAUCCGUUUUGUGUACUGGAAUUAGGUAAUGCUCGACUUCAAACACAAACUGAAUAUAAAACUUUAUCACCAUGUUGGAAUAAAAUUUUUACUUUUAAUGUGAAAGAUAUUAAUAAUAUCUUAGAAGUAACAGUUUUCGAUGAGGAUCGCGAUCAUAAAGUGGAGUUUUUGGGAAAAUUAGUAAUACCAUUAUUGCGAAUACGUAAUGAUGAGCGUCGAUGGUAUCCAUUGAAAGAUAAGAAACUUCGUAGCCGUGCAAAAGGUUCUAAUCCCCAGAUAUUAUUAGAAAUGACAGUUAUUUGGAAUCCGAUUCGAGCAUGUAUUCGAACAUUAAACCCCAAAGAAGAGAAAUAUAUGCAACAAGAAGUCAAAUUCAAAAGACAAGUUUUCGUUCGAAAUGUAUUACGAUUAAAAGCUGUCGCAAUGCAUUUUAUUGAACUGGGAAAAUUACUUAAUGGAUGUUUUGAAUGGGAAUCUACGUUGCGCAGUUUUCUAGCGUUACUUUUAUGGUUAGUUUUAUGUUAUUAUUUCGAACCAUGGAUGAUACCAGCAUUUGGUCUCCUCUAUUUUCUCAAACAGUAUUUAGUUAAAUCAUUAACGGGUGGAGGACCAUCACUGCCAGCUGGUGAUCAAGAUGAUUCGGAUCUCGAAGAUGACGAGGAUGAUGAUAAAGAUAAGGAGGAAAAGAAAAGUUUAAAAGAACGUUUACAAGCAAUACAAGAAGUUACGCAAAGUGUUCAAAAUUAUAUUGGUUAUAUAGCGUCACUAGGUGAAAGUGUUAAAAAUAUAUUUAAUUUUACCGUACCAUUUUUAUCAUGGAUUGCAAUUUGUUUAUUAGUCGCAGCCUCAAUUGUAUUAUAUUUUAUUCCUAUACGAUAUUUAUUAAUGCUGUGGGGUGCUAAUAAAUUUGCAAGACGUUUAUUGCGUCCACAUUGUGUUCCUAAUAAUGAAGUGUUAGAUUUGUUAUCACGUGUACCAGAUGACGAAAUGUUGCUUGAUUUUCGAGAAUUGAAGGCAUUACCAGGUCCUGAACAACCUGAUCGUCGAAAGGAGCAUCGUAAAAAGCAUAAAGUUUCAUAAUAACUAAAAAACCGUUUAGGACGUUGGCUUUAAAACGAUCCUAAAACGGUUGUUACAUUCACACAUCACAUAUAUUCACAAAAAAAACGUUCCCUCUUGCACAUAUUACAUCAAUUUUCACUAAAAAUAUCAAACCAAAGAAAAUGUUUAAAAUGUUCUUCCACAAUCCUCUC